AUGCGAGAUGAUGGCGAAUUUGCUGACCUUGUGCUCACCCAUAACGCUGGAAGCUUCCACGCCCACCGCAUUAUUGUCUGUCCUCAAUCAAAAGUGUUUUAUAAAGCAUGCACUGGAGGAUUUAAGGAGUUUACAGGCACCAUUCAGAUGGAUCACGUGCAGUACAUAGAACUGAAGAAGCUGGUCGACUUUUUCUACAGCUCUGAGUAUGAUAACUGCCUGCCGGAGGAAGCUGACAUAUCUCUACUCCAACUCCAUGCCAGGAUGUUUGCACUUGCAGAUCAGUACGACAUUCCAGGCUUGACUCAUUUAGCUGCGGGAAAAUACUUUUCCAGGUGCACCACAUCAUGGGAACCUCUGGAGUUUCUCGUUUCACUGCAAGAUGUUUAUGAAACCAGCCCCGCCAGUACUAGACUGCUACGCGACACAGCCUGCACAGCUAUUCGAAAGCACUUGCCAAGAAUGCUUAAUAGUGAGGGUGUUGCAGAAAUGUACGACAAGGUUCUCUCUGAAAUACCUGACUUCACCAAGGACCUAUUAAGAUGCUACGUUAGCAAUCCUUUAUAUGGGCAUUGCCAAUCAUGUUUCACGUAUCAACCGAUGGAAGCACUGCAAGGAAGAUGCAAGAAAUGUAAGAAAGGGAAUAGAAGUUUUGGUUGGUAA